AUGCGAUGCGCGAGCAAGGCCGCCGAGAGCGCGUCCGCACGUCUCUGUGCGGACGCCGAAGCAGAAACCGCUGCAAUUGAUGUGUCAUCGGUUGCUGAAGCGACUCAGCCUGUGUCACUUGGUGAUGCAGGUGCUGGUCAUGAAGACACUCAUGUCUUCACAGAGUAUGAGCUCGGUGUCUCGUACUCUCCUGAUACGGAAGACGGAUCCGUAUCGACGGCGAUCGAAUCCAAGCCGCCCGCCAAGCGUGGCAUGGACGAUGCUUUGCGCCGCAGCAUCUUUGGCUCAUCUGAUGAAUCAGGUGAACCAUCGCCGAAGCGAAGGCGCUCGAGGUCGCGAGACUCGGGCGCUAAUAGUGGUGUCGGUUCUCCAAUGGACACCACUUCACAGCGAGGUGCCAGUACUUCUGUCGGCACGUCGCAGGAAGAGCGGGACCGCAAUGGCUUGCGUCUAGCUCCCGAGAAGAAGGCAUGGAUGCCUCCGAAAUCCGUCAUGGAUCACUUGUCGGCGACGACGAGUGAUCGUUAUCGAACACGUUUGUUCGAUUCGUCAAGGAUCCAUCACCUUGACCCCAGCGCGAAAAAUUAUCGCGCUGAGAAUGAAUUCUUCAUCGAUGCUUUCUUUAGACAUCGAUGGUACAGUGGGAAUCAAAAGCGUGAUGGUCUCUCACUACUUCAAGCGUGGAACGCCUACACCCAUAACCUUGAGGAUGUAGGUCGUGACGCUUGGAACGACAAACUUAUCAAAGCUCGUGAUAAGUUUGAAAAGCGAACCCCGACAGGUGCACGCUACAAGCUGCAUCGUCUGUCAAGGGAGAAGGGAUUACCCUGCCUCUCAUGGGGAGACUCGUGCCCAUGUUGUGUGAACAACUCUGCACGAGCACCUAAGGAGGCUUACCUCCUUACUAGCCCUUGGUGGCGCGUACGUAUCUCUACUGGGAUGUACGAAGGGAUUGACUGA